AUGUCCAAUCUGAUGCAGAAAUUCCUCAAGAACCCUUCGACUCUAAGGUUAAUCUCAUCCUUAGGCAACCCAAAUAUCCCAAAGCCCUAUCUCUCUUUGGUUCCUCGAUCGACCGGGAACCCCAUUGGACAGAACCCAGAUCCUUUUGCCGAUCCGGCGAUCUUCCGGAACGCAAAAUCCGACGAGACCCUGAAUUUCUUCCCCAGUUUUCCGUUUUGCUUCUCUCUGGAUCCGAUUUCAUUACCCGGGUCGGGUGUUAUUGACUCCGAGGAGACGGAGACGGAGACGGAGUCGGAGGAUUCGGGUACUGUUUAUGCUGAUAGCGUGAAGAAGAAGAGGAAGAAGAAGAUGAACAAGCAUAAGUACAAGAAGCUCAGGAAGCGUCUUCGGAGAAAGACCUAA